UCGACAAUCUCUCACUUCUGGUCUGCCCUCUCUCUCUCUCUCCGCCGCCGCAAACAUCCACUCCACCCUCUCUCCGUCGUCAUAUCGCCAUGGCCACCACCGAAGCUCCAUUCACCACCGCUCCUGCAGAAGAAGACUACAUUGACAUGGAACUCACCUCUUCCCCUUCUUCCAACUCAUUCAGCUAUUCCAUUAGAUCCCCACCGCCGGCGAGAGAUUUCGAGUUCCAAAUCCAAAUGACAUCAUUUUCCGGUGAAACAGAGCAGACAACUUCACCAGCCGACGAUCUCUUCUACAAAGGAAAAUUACUUCCACUCCACCUCCCUCCCCGUUUACAAAUGGUUCAAAACCUCCUCCAUAGCCCCAACUCCCAUAACCCAUCAACAAAAAACAAAUCUUUCCCAGAAAAUUUUCAGAUUCCUUUCAUCGCCAUUAAAGCUCCACCUCACGAGUCCUGCAAUUUCUCACCCACUGAGUCAUCCAGAGCGAGUUGCGAGCUGAACCCAGAUGAGUAUUUGUUGAGAUUUAGAGGAGAAAUUAAGGAUUUUGUUGGAAACCCACCAAGAAAAUCAUGGUCGAACAAAGUUAAGCAAUUGAAACAAUCCUCACAGGCUUAUUUCAAGGCAUUGUUUGGGAAAUCUCCUUGUUCUACUAAAUCCUUGUUCAAUGAAGAAACAGAGUGCGGUUUCAAGAACAGGGUAAGCUCAGGGAAGUUCAUUAACAAAACCCCUUUUGGUAGAAUCGAUUACAACAAAUGGAAGAUUCAAACUACUUUCAUAGAGAAGGAAAAAACAGAGGAAUUUUCUGGUAGCUCUUUGAACAUGAACAACAAUCACAGAAGGUCGUUUUCAGGGGCCAUUCAGACAGCAUCUUCUUCGUGUUCUUCGUGUUCUUUGUGUUCUUCGUGUUCUUCGUGUUCUUGUUCUUGUUCAAGCUCAUCUUCAGGUUCUUCAUCUCUGUCAUCAUCAUUUUCGUUUAAGAGAAGCAACAGUGCAAAUUCAGAGAUAGAGAGGUCCAUAGAAGGGGCAAUCGCUCACUGUAAACAGUCCCAAAAGGUGUUGGAUAAUUCAAGGAAAAGGGAAGCUGAAUCUUCACCAGAAACGUGUUGUGUUUCUGUUUCUAAGGUUUUGCCUUGUGGGAAUCAGAAAAGUUAUGAACUUUGCAGGAUUUGAUGAAUGGAUACUCUGUUCUUGUUCUUCAAUGGAGGGUCUGCUGAGUUUGAUUGUACAUUUGAAGUAGCUGAGAAAGAUGAAGAGAAGCUUAACAAUGGAGAUUCAGAUUCAGGAGGAUGACGAAGAAGAUGAAGAAGAAAGUUGUUCUAAAUCAUUCGAUGUGGGAAAAUUGUAUAGUUGUUUGAGUUGCAUCAAACAGCUCUUGUUUUGAUUACUUUUCAAAUGUUUUAUU